AUGACAGUUAAUCUUUACAGGAGACGUUCCUCUGGAUUAGACCUAGUAUCACAGGUCACUUCCAUCAUAAUGCUGUGUAUACUAUUGCCAUAUUCCUAUGCUGGUUCUUACAGAAAUAUGUCUAACCUUCACAAGGAUUUACGAUCAAACUACAACCGAGAUAUACGCCCACUGAGCAAUCAGAGUAGUUCAAUAGCGAUCAACAUAAUGUACACGCUCACAUCUUUGAACGAAUUUGACGCCGUAAAUGGAAGGAUGGUGACCACAGGGUCUCUGUACGUCACCUGGAUGGAUGAGAUGAUUACGUGGCUUCCAUCAGACUACGAUGACAUUAAGACGAUAAAGAUGCGUGAAACGUUUGUAUGGGCACCAACAUUUGUAGUUGCCAACGGCGCCGAUGAUAUUUAUAUCAAGGGAACGAAAUCUGAAGAUUCUACCGUUCUCUAUGACAACACGGGAAAGGCUUCGCUUAUUUUGAGUGGUCUCAUAUCUACAACAUGUGACCCGGAUAUUACGUAUUACCCUUAUGACGUACAUCAAUGUAACCUACAGUUCACAACAAAGGAACCAAUGAAUGAAGUCAGUCUAAAUUUUGAUGCAGUAUUUAUAUUGCCCGGUGCUGACAGUAAUUUGUUUUGGAAACUCGAAUAUUCGGAAAUGCGAGCAUACAACGUUCAAAACACAAACACUUUCAUCGAGGUAACCUUUGCAUUAGAGCGACGACCGACGUUUUCAUUGUACAAUAUACUUGUUCCUGUUUGUCUAUUGAAUUUCGUCAACCUCUUAGCAUUUGUACUGCCGGCAGACUCUGGGGAGAGGGUGUCAUUUGCCACUACGAUACUACUAACAAUAUCCGUGUACAUGACUAUCAUGUCGAAUAGUAUCCCAAACACCAGUGACCCGGUGUCCAUCCUCACGAUUUCUCUGAUGAUCAAACUCAUCAACAGCAGUCUUAUAGUUUUGACAGUGAUCGGGACGUUAAAUAUAUACCGCCUCAGUGACGUCACGCCAAUUCCUAGUUGGCUGUCGCGCAUGUUAUGUUUACAUAAAAACUCGAUCCGUAAGAUCAAAAUUAGGGGCUCAAGGAUUGGUCAGAAGCUUGAAAUGUCAGAUCUUAAAACAGAGCAUUGCAGAACAAAUUGUGAUAUUGAAGUUAAAGGAGCAACAACAAUGGAGCAAAAGAAGAUGCCAGAUUCUUCCAUCACGUGGUCAAAGGUUGGGAGAUCGUUGGAUUACAUGUUGCUAUUGGUGUUUAGUUUAGUGAUAAGUAUAGAAACCAUCUUCCAUAUGGUUCGAAUAAUAUGUCGAAGAGGUUGA